AUGCGUAUAUUGUGUCUGGGACCUUACCCCCGGAUUGAGGAUGUCUUGGAGAGGGGUGGUCCCUACCCUCAGGUCAUUUUACCUCAGUUUGGUGGAUAUUGGAUUGAGGAUCCCGAGGCUCUGGUUGGGACGCCCACGUCCUCAGACAGCAGCUUCUGUGAGGAGGAAGAUGAUGGUCUGAGCCCUGGUGGAGAAGGAGGCUUCAGCUACAGGCUGGAGUGUAACAGCAUCUCACGGGCUUACCGCAAACACUUUCUGGGCAAUGAGCACAUGAACUAUUACUGCACAGCCAGUAGUAUGGGACACCUCAUCAUGUCUCUGAAGUAUGAGGAGGCAGAUGGACAGGAGUCUCUCCGCAUCAUGCUCAGGUCAAAAACAAAGACCCUUCAUGAGCGAAUCCCACUUGAAGGCCUCCUCCAGCUACCAAGUGUACCACAGAUAGCCAAACUGCUCUGCGAUGACGUCACAGGUCUGAAGUUCAACCCCGUCCUCUACCCUAGGGCCUCGCAACUGAUCGUCAGUUUUGAUGAGCACGAAGUAAACAACACUUUCAAGUUUGGAGUCAUCUAUCAGAAGUUUGGUCAGACAACAGAGGAAGAGCUGUUCGGUAACAAUGAGGAGACGCCAGCCUUUACUGAAUUCCUCAGUGUUUUAGGAGACAAUAUUGAACUGCAGGAUUUUAAAGGGUUCAGAGGCGGUCUGGAUGUGUCUCAUGGACAGACAGGAUCAGAGUCUGUCUAUACUACGUUCCGUCAGAGAGAAAUCAUGUUUCACGUUUCUACAAAACUCCCUUUUACAGAAGGAGACAUUCAGCAGCUCCAGAGGAAGAGACAUAUUGGCAAUGACAUUGUCGCAGCCGUCUUCCAGGAAGAGCCCACACCAUUCGUACCUGAUAUGAUCGCAUCCAACUUCCUUCAUGCCUACGUAUUAGUGCAGGCGGAAAACCCCUGCACUGAUCACACCACGUACACGGUGUCCAUCACAGCGCGCGAGGAUGUCCCUCCGUUCGGCCCCCCUCUUCCAAACCCUUCUGUCUUUAAGAAGGGUCCCGAGUUCCGGGAAUUUCUCCUGACAAAAUUGAUCAACGCAGAAAAUGCAUGCUGCAAGUCAGACAAGUUCGCCAAGCUAGAGGAGAGGACACGGGCAGCACUGUUAGAUAACCUUCACGAUGAACUGCACAGACAGACACAGGCCACAGUAGGACUGGGCUCAGCUACAGAUGAAGAAAAGCUAGAAAAUGGAGGUCAUGGAGGGCUGCUGGAGUCUUUUAAGAGGGCCAUGCGUGUGAGGAGCCACUCCAUGGAGACGAUGGUGACUCAUAAACACAAGAGUCCUGGAGUGACGGCAGGGGUCCCGUCCAGUGUCAGCGGUGGAGGACUCCAGCAGAACAGCGUGGAGUGCACCAAGAGCACCUUCACUCCUCCAGUGCUGUCUGCAAAAUCUCCAUUAAUGAGUCCAGUAAAGCGGCGCUCUGGUCUGUUCCCCAGACUGCACUCCAGCACAGAAAGUCCAACUGAGAAACAUCCAACUCGCAGUGAACAAAAAACAGAAGUGUUACCUCACUCGCAGGAAGUGAGGACAGAGACAUCAUCCAAUCCGAGUUCACCAGAAAUCUGCCCAAACAAAGAAAGGCCAUUUGUGAAGCUGAAAGAGUGUAGCGGCAGAGCUAAUAUCUCUAUCUCCCGAUCCUCCUCCAGCACCAGCAGCUUCAGCAGCACAGCAGGGGAGGGAGACGGACUGGAGGAGCUGGAAAUGAGCAGUCACCCGUCCACGGCUUCAUCUGUGUACAGUCCAUCUCUCAGCGUGGAAAGCCAGAACUCCGGAACGCCGCUGAUCAUGUGCCGCAGUCCCACAGAUGGAAAGAGCAAAACUUCACCGAGGUCAAACUUGAAAUUCCGCUUUGACAAACUGAGCCACUCCACAGGUCAUUAGGUCAGACAGAAGCCACUGCAUGGACAACAGGCAGUGACUUUGAAUGGAUUUUUAUAGAUUGGAAGAAAAAGGGACCAUUUUCUCUUGCCAUUGCGACAGUUAUCACUGUUCAACAUAAUACACAACUGAACACUAUUGUUAGAACUGAUCCUACAGACACACAAAAAGGGUUUAGAGGACAGAAAUUAACACCAGUCUUAGUAGAAAAAGCAACAAACGUCUCUGUUUUUCCAACAUUGUAAAUGUAGUGCUCAAACAAGUGUUGAAACUAUUCUUGCCUAACUGCAAUUGCUUUCUAGACAGAUGCUCAAUAUUAUCACAGCUACAUGAAAUACUUGGAAGAGUUCUCAGUCAUUAAAUGUUACAAGAGAUAAGGACUACAAAGUAUCAUUAUAAGCACCUGUACUGUACUUAGUCUUUUGCAGAGAUUACGGGUCAUUUUGAGUCUUGUAACACCGCCCAUCAGUGUAAGCCUUAAAAUACUGUACACUAACUAUGCUCUGCUGAGGAUUGAGUCUGUUCUUUUAUUUUUGAGUGAUGUGAAAAGGUCAAAUUCACCUUUCCCGAGGGUAACCAAAGAUGAAGAUUGCCAAGGUUUACUUGUGGUAAAAGGGGAAGGGUUUUGACAAAAAACAUAACCUUGCAUGGAUGGCGAAGACACAUUUUAUUAUAUUUUUAAAGCAAAAUUGGUCUGUUCAUUUCAGUGUAUAUUUAGUUCUCUAAAUAAAGACUUCAGUAUAUUUGUUCAACACUGGGUUGGCAUACUGCUAACUUUAUUGAACAGAUAUAUUUGCACAAUUGAACCAAAAGAAAAAGAAAUUAUUUACUUCAUUAAAUUUCAUUUUUAACUCUCAAACACACUUGAGAAAGCACAGACACAUAAACAUGGUUCUUUUUAAUUUCAGACUUGUGGAUGUACAAAAUGGUCCUUUUUUGUAAAUGCUUCGUUAUUCAACUUUGGCUGGCAGAAUAAUUUUUGAACAAUUUUUGAAGGAUUUUCUUUCGAAAUUUUGUUAUUUAUUUACAUAUGUGUGUCUCUGCUCAUUCCUUAUGAUUCUGUUAGUUUUUCAGCGGUACUCAAUGGUGAGGGCAUUAGACUGCAGAGAGCGAGUUAAAUAUUCUUGUACAAUAGUGACAAACUCUGACAUAAAAUGUGUUAGCAUAUAUGUUUGUACUGCCAUAAUUUAUUGCUUUAAAAAUUGUUGAUGUUACGUAAAAAAAAAAUUACAGAGUCAAAUUAAAAUAAUUUAACAGAUUAUUUAAAAGAUUAUGUAUAUGUAUAUUUGGUUAUGGCAUGUGCCAUUAAGAAUUU